AUGGCAGAGAACAGCUACAGGCCAACGCAGCUGGUGAGCCAAGUCCCAGCGCCCACAGUACCCAGUCUAAUCGGCAGUGUGGACAGGAACCGUGUUCCAGGGACAGGCCCGCAGAAGCUGGGCGCGUCCUUCUGUGUCAUCGGGCGCGAGUGGGCGGUCUCGGCCUUGAGUACUGGAGAGUCGCACACGGGAAGAGUCGCGACCCUCGCCAAUUCUGUCGGACAGGGGGCGCACAAAACCCACUUCGCCGAGGUGGGAGCAGCUCAGCUCCUGGAUCUGCCUCUCGGGGUGAAGCUGCCGGUGAUCCCAGGAACUGACCCUCUGUUCUUUACUACGAAUCUAAGUGAAAAGCUUUUUCGACCUUCGUAUGGUUUUAAUCUGACAGAUCCUUAUUGUCGACUUUUGGAAAACCAAUAUAAAAGUCUCCAUGAUCCACAUUUAAAAGCAUAUUAUAGACGCAAAGAUAUCCUGAGGAGACUGAAGAAAGGUGGCUACAUCACCAACAAUAACAAAAUUGUUUGUAGCUUGAAGGAAUUAAAUAAGUACAGGCAAUAUCUCACCAACUUAAAAUUAGACUUUGAAAGAAACUAUAUAAGAGAACAAAAAAUGCUUGCAAAACAACUACAGAAACUGGAGGAAAACAAUAUAGUCCCUGAGUGUGCUGAUGUUACACAGUUCCAGAAUUGGCUGUUUCAUGAGGGCACCCAAUCUGUAACGGACCAGGAGCGGUUAAUAAGGCACAGGUAUUUGGAUACGAUAAGUAAAGGGUUAGAACAAUCUCAGCGUGCGGCGGAAGAGCAGCGCCUCCUCUGGAUGCACCGGGAGGAGAGAAGACAACGGGAACACGUGAAAAGAAAACUUCUUCUUCGGAGAAAGAUGGAAGAGGAGUGGAAGACAAAAGAGAUGCUGCUGCUGACAAAGAUUGCAGAAGAUGUAAAAAGAGAACAGAAGCUGGAACACCAAAGGCGGAAAAGCAGAGAAGAGAGGGACAAAAAGAAACAAGCACUUCUAGAGAAAAAAAUGGCUUAUCAUUUACAAAAAAUACAAGAAACUGGCUUUAAAGAAGAUGGGGAUAAAAACGCAUUUGAAUACAGUGGACAAGAUGGAAUUGAAUCUUCUGCAAAGAAGAAAAAGAAGAAUCAAGAUGAUAUAAAAUUACUGUAUUCCGUUGAUGACUAUAAAGCACAUAAAGAACCUGCAGCAAAUACUGUGUUUCAGUGUCAAAGUAGUUCGAAGAGUGUUACAAAAAAAUUAACUUCAGUUGUUGAUCAGUCUGGUGUGCCAGAAAAUGGUGCGGAACAAAAGAGAGAUGGAGUGAUAACUAAAAGACCAAGUGUUUAUGGUGAGAAAGGAGCUGUAAACAUAUCUGCACAAGGCUCAGUUAUUUCACCUCAACGUUCACCUACCAAAAAAUAUCCCAGAACUUCACAUUCCUUUGUGGAUCCAAAAGAAGAGAAGGAGAUGCAUGAAAGGCUGCCCAAGUCGAGACCAAGCUACCAAGAUGAAUCAGAUCCUCAAAUUCAUGCUGUGGACCCGGAUGUUUUUUCUUCUCCUAUCAUCUCAAGUUUACAACAGAAUCUUCUACAAAAUUGUGUGCAAGCAAAAGUAACUUCUGAUGAACUCAAUAGCAUAAUUCAAAAUAUAAUGACUUGGGUAGUGGCUACAGUAACUAGUAUAUUAUACCCAGCCAUCACAAGGUAUGAAGAAAGGUUGCAAAGUACUACCUACCCAGUGUCUGAUGACUCCACCCUCUCUUCAGAUAGUUCAAGCUUUUGCAGCACAUGCAGUGAAAAGUUUACAUACAGAAGCUACACAUCUGCAACUACUAAAACAUUUCAGGCAGAGACUUGCACAGUUAAUGUGUCUGCAGGGAAACCAACCCCGCCUUUAAAAACUCCUUCUGCCCUGGUGGAAAGAGCAGUUAUGGACAAAACACAUCACAUGAAAGGACAAACUGUAACCUCUGAGCUCAAAUAUAACAAGGCCAAUUUGAUAUAUGCAUAUCCUGAACUCAGAAGUUGUAAAUCUGAUAGUCAACUUUUAGCAUCUUUGCAAACAGACACAAAGAAAUCUAAGGAUGCUACCACCGAAACAGAUGGCUCAGUGCAUCCACUGCCUUGUGAUAGAAAAGCUAAAGCCAUGGAUGAGUUGGAGAAUUUAAAGAAUAUUUUUGUUAACUUUAAGUGCCACUUGAAAGGGGAAACUAAAUUGAUUUUGGAGAGCAUUUUUCAAGAAAUAAUGUCUGAUUUAACCCAGGCCGUUCCCUCUAUUUCUUCUGUUACUGCUGAAGUUUUUGUUGACCAUUUUCAGCAUGAAAAAGAAGACUUGGUCUCCAAUGUUGAUAUCUGCUCAUUAGCUUCGGACAUUGUGGAAAAUGUGUAUGAGAAGCUAGAGUCUGCAGUCGAGAAAAAAUGUGUUGAGAAAUUUUCACAAGAAAACUUGUCAGUAGACACUAAGUCAAGUUUAACAGCUAGUGGGGAAUAUAUCACAUCAUCAAAUGGAAAACCUUCAGAAGAUUCCCCUCUUUGUACUUUGGAACCUAUGUGUAAUAUUGCAGAAGAUAUGGUGCAUGACAUUUUAGAAAAGCUGAUGACACUUGCAUCACUCAAGCAAAAUGUACGUCCUCUUGAAGACACAACUAAUUAUUCCCACCCACCACAAAGGACAGACCGGACAUAUACCAUCCUCCAAAGAGCUAGCAAAAAGAAAUCUCUUGAACAUGAGACAGCUAAUUUAAUCGCUGAUGAAGAAAUACAAAAUUUGAUGUCAAAUAUUUUUUCACAAUCCUCUUUAGUUGAUUACAUAGAGGAGGCAAUCGGCACAAUAUUAGGUUAUAUACAAACUGAACUUAAUAACGAGAGACUUAUUGCAUCUGAACAAACAGUAGUGUUCCUUCAGCUGCUCAAUGAUAUCUUCACUCAUCUUCACCAGGAACCAGUAAAACCAAAUAUUCGAAAAAGUAGGCGAUCUAGACAAAAAAAUCUAUCCGACACUAAGGAAAACUACAGGCUCACUGGCACUGCAGUGUUUAAUGGUGCUCAGUCUAAAAGACCAUUGCCACGUGUGAAUGUUCCAGGCAUGGUCUAUUACUCUGAAGAUGAUAAUGAAGAAAUAAACAACAUUGUGAAAAAUGUGAUUGAUUCAUCUCUCAGAGAUGAAAACGCAAAAUCACACGAACAAACAUCUAAUCAUUGGUUCCGAAAAAGAAACACUUCAUUUGACUACAGAAGAAAUAGACCACCGACCAAGCCUUCUUCUCACAGCAAAGUUGCAUUUCAUGAUUGGGAGUUAAAGUCUGAGCUACCACCACUUAUCAAUGAAGAUAUUUUAAAGGAAAAACACCUCCGAAACAAAGACAUUUCAAUUUUUAGCCAAGAUAAAAAGCAUCAAAUAAGAAAGGCUUCAGAGAAGACUGUUAAACAUAUUUUAACGGAAAUGCUCAAGGAUAUAUCUUCUGUUUCUCCUGGUCACCGAGGUAGCAAAAUUGGCAAAGAAGCUUCCAUUCUUGUUUCAGAAGAAUCUCAAGGACUCUCUGAUUACAAAUGGAUGGACCAGAUGUUCUCUGGGUCAGAAAUAAGUGCAGUGGCUCAAGAAAUAACAGAGUCUGUGUUAAAUAUACUUUUUAAGACAUCAAACUCCUUGUCCAAUUCCACUAAAAGUUCUGCUCCAUCACCAGUUCAUCAAACUUUUCUAGAUAAUUCUGACAUUACCCAAAUAGUCAAAGAAGCACCCGAUAAAAAGCCACUAAAAACAUGGUUCGAUAGUGAUAGGAAAAUGAAAUACUUAUCUUCACUUGAUGCGGAUUCCCCAAAUCCCUCCUGGUUAAGGUCAGGAGAAAGGGAACCUAAAUGUGUAGAUAACAUUAUCGAUAAAAUCACUAAUACAAUUUUUAAAAAGCUGAAGUUACUUGUUUGUCCAAAACUGCAAACAGAAUUCAAACCUUUAUCUGUGAAGCAAUCAUCAUUGAAAUCGCAACUGAGUACUUAUACAACAAAAGUAGUAAAUAUUGUUUUAUGUGCUAUCCAGAGUGAAGUGGAAUUCGAUAAGAAAAAUGUGAUCCUUAGGGAGCUAGACCAUAACAAAUCCCAUACAACUAAAGGGUUUUUUGCUGAUAUUGAUAAAAAAUUAGAAUCUCUCAUAACAAAUCUGGAAGACAAUGUAGAAAGUCCAUUAUUAACCUGGAUUUGUGAGAUGCUAGUAAGUAAAAAUGAAAAUCAAAGAAAUAUUUCACUCCCUUCAGAAAAAACAGGGUCUACAACUUUAUUCGGACAUGGCAGUACUAACAAACAAAAUGUUUUGCUAAGUAGACAGGAUAAAGAAUCUUUCCAUAAAUAUUUAGCUACUCCUUGUACUAUCCACAGUGCCGUGAACAGAAAAGACCUCAAAGAAAAUGCCAACUUGCAGGUAUUAGACAGGAUUGGGGAAACAGUACAUGAAAUGUUAAGCAAACUGAUAGGUGCUCCUUCAGUUGCUCAAGCAUCGUGUAGCGGACAAAACAGAGAAAAUGCAAACAAAGAUCAACAAAUGGCUGCUUCACAGAAAUCCAACAUUCAGGUCAUUUCCCAAACAAUUUUAGAAUAUAUCUUGGAAAAAUUGUGUAGCAUUGACGUGGAUACCAGUUUUGCAAGUCCUGGUAUUACAGCUGUGCCUGAAUCUUUUGAUAUUGACAAGCUAUCGUUUGCUUCAAUUAUUGAGGAAAUGGCCAAAUGCACCAACAUAAUAUCCAGCAUCAUCUCCAGAAAGAUACAGAAGAAUAAUAAAGAGGUGACUAAAAGCAAGCCAAAUGGUAUUUCUUCCAUGUCUUCCAAAUCAGAGAGCUCAAAAGAAACUCACCAAAAUACACUGAAAGUUGUUGCGUCAGAUAUUCUUAAUAUGGUUUUUACUAAACUGGAAGGGUUUGCCAAUGGAAGUUUAGAAAUUCAAGGUGUUAGUGGUGGUAAUGGUAAUAAAAAAUGCAAUAAGAUAGACAGGGAAAGUGACAAUAACAGUUUUCUCUCAGAUGCACACAAAGACCCAUUAGAGUCUGUUUUAUACAUGCAGGCAAAGAAGGUGUCAAGUGCUAUUUUGAAAGCCAUUCAGACAGAAUUAAGUGUGAACACAGAUGAUUUGACGAAAAAUGUAAAAAAGCCAUCACCUGAGACACAAAUGUUUACAGACGUAGUCAAUUUAAUUUUAGAUGCAGUAUCCUCAGAAAUGUCUGAUGAAACUGAAUCAGAGGACAGAGGUAUUAAAACCUACCGAUACCAACCAAGUUAUGGAAAUUUUCUUCCUGGAGGAGCUGAAUCAGAUUCAUUUCUAGAAGACGAUAUGCAUACAGAGAAAAAAUUCACUAGAGAGAGAACAUCACUGAGACAGGAAGUUAAAUUCUGUUCUUCUAAACAAAGAGUUCUAGAAGCAAGCUUACACGAAAUUGAAAUGAAACUCAAAGAAUCACAUAAAUCUCCAGUCAUUCCCAUUAUAAGAAAUAUUUUGAAUGAAAUUUUUCAGAGCAAUUUGAUCAAUCAGUUAAAUGUGCUUUCUCUGUCCCACUCUUGUUUUAGUGGCUUGCCUCACAAUGUUCCUGAGUCAACUGCUCAAACAUCUGUUCAAUUUAUGAAUAGAAGGAUGGGUCCAUUUGUGUCUGAAACAGAUGUGAUUAUGGUGACAAAUGAUGUUGUUAGAAUUGUAUUUCAUAAACUUUCUACAGCUGCCUUGACAGAAGAAGAUGUAAGUGAAAACAGAUGUCAAAACAUCACGGUUUCAGCACAUCUUUCCUUCCAUGAACGUACCUAUGGAGGGAACUCUGCUCCUAUAUUGGACAGAAAUAUUCGCACUUUUCAGCACAGAUUCAAUAUUGACAAACAGACCAAGGUAAAUAUGAUUGGAGAUAUUGUACAGGCAAUUCUUCAAAAGUUGGAAACUUUUGCUAUUUCCAAAAUAAAAUCUUUCUUUUGUUCCCAAGUCAGCCUCCUGGUCCCAGAGGUUUUAACUACUCAGCAAGAUAAUCACGCACUGAACAGAGCACUAUCAGCUGAAGAUUCGUACUCUGAUGAGCAAUAUUUGUGUUGCUCUGUGGAUCAUAAGGCCAAUUCAUUUGGCCAGAUCUCUUUGUCUAAAUUAAAUAUUUAUGCAAAAGAAGUUGCUAGAAAAAUUUUGCAGGAGAUCAAACAUGAGGUAGAUAAAGGAAGGGAAAGUCCUUCCUUGAUUCCUAAUAUUGUGGUUUCGGAAAGCAUUACAAGUCAAAUUGUUAACACAAUGCUAGAUAUUGUAUCACACAAAAACAGAUGCAGCAACAGCUGUGAGGAAGAGAAUGACUCUGCUCAGCCUGACUGCUUUAUUGAAAAGUUGUUCAAUAAGACUGAGUGUAGAAAAAUACUUCAGCUUCAAAUACAAGAUACCAUUGAAGGUGUCUUAUAUGAUGUCUAUGAAAAAACCCUGUGUAAGAAUAAUCUCUCAUUUGCCAUACUCUCCCUGAAAGAGAACAGAGCUGGAAAAUGUGCAGAACCAAAUUCUGAAACGUUCCCUGAGGGUGGGAAUAAGAUUACCUCUGAACUCUCAGUUCCUAAAUCAGAUGUCCUCUUGCUAUCCAGGGAUGUAGUGGAUAUUGUUCUUCAUAGUCUUGCUUCUGCUGCCAUGCUUGACACAGGUGUGAAGGAUCCUACUUUUGCAAGAUCGACCUUUUGUGAUAUGUUUCCAAAAGGAGAAUAUCAAGCAUCUCUUUUUACGGAAUCAAAAAGUGAAGGAAGACCAGAGCAUUUUCCAUAUUCAGGCAAAAAGAAGCCAGCAUAUGCUAAUGGUGAUCAGACAGCUAGAGAGGAAAAAGAGGAUGAGGACACCAAGAACUCUGUUCCUGACCCAUGUCAUGAAAGUGCUGACUUCAUCACUAAAAUGAUUUUUGAUCGGUUACAAACUUUUGCCACAGAAAGAAUAGAUUCACUAAUUCCUCUUGCUUUGCAGCCUAAAGGAAUGUCAUUUGUUAGUCCAGAACUGGAAAAUUAUACACAAGAUGGCAGUGUUUUUCAUGAAUCAAGCCAAGUGGAACUAGAUGUGAAUAUCCCGAAAAGAUCAACAACUAAAACUGUUCUCAGCCAAGAGCUCACAGAACCCACUUUUGCCAGUUACAGAGAAAAACUUGGAGCCAUAAUUCAUUUAUCACAAGCUAGCCUGGAGGAAUAUGCUGAUAUCAUUGCCAAUGCUACUUUGAAGUUUAUUAAAAAUGACUUAGACUUAGAAAUCCAAAAGAUGCAUCUGUAUCCAAACAAUAGUUUAUUCCAAAAAAAUAUAAUUGUGAGUGAAAUUAUAGAUGUAAUCUUAAAGAUUUUACAUAAUAAAAUAUCUCUAAAGGAAAUUAAUUUUUCCUCAGAGGAGAAUCUUAACUUUUCACAAGUAACUCUAUCAAAUGAAAUAUUGCUGGGACACAAAGAGAAGGAAAAAAACACUUCAUUAUCUCUGCUUACAAACCAUCCAUUAGAACAAAGCCCAAUGACAUUUGAAAAGGAAAGCCAAAGAAUUGUUUUGGAAGAAAUAUUUAUGAUAAAUGGAAAAACAGAACAAAAAGAAAAGGCUGAAUUGCUCAAAACAGUGGCAGAACUUUUGAGUAAGUUAGAUCAAAGAGUAGUAGAAGUCAUAGGUCAUUUGCUUCCAUUUAACAAAGUCCCCCAUUUAAAUUCUAAAAUUAAAACAUCAGAUACAACAGGAAAAAACUUCUGUCAGUCACACAUUAGCAGUGUAGCAAAUGACAUCAUUGAAUGUGUUUAUGGUGAAAUGUACUCCGUUGUUCUGACAUUGUUAUACAAAAAUGAUGAAAGUAGGAGAGAAGGAGAAACACUCCACAAGAAUGAUAUCUUUCCAAUGAAAGCACCGUACUCUGGAGGGACUAAGCAAGCAGGAAAAAGAAGUAAUUCCCUUAGAUAUGGGGUACCAGAGAUAUGUUCUAGUGCAGACAGUCAAAACAUUUCUGUGUCAGCAAACACUUCUGUGCGAUAUUCACCAUUACAAAUAGGAAAUGACUUAGUCCAAAUAGUUCUCAAUAAGAUCGCAAAUUUUGUUUCACUGCAUCUAGAGGAAAUUUUGUCCCCUUCAGGGUAUUCGAAGGAGGUGUUGCAUCUUUGUAGAUUACCGAACUCUAAAAGUGGCCCUAUGGACUGCCCUAAGGCAGGUUUUAAAACAAGUUUAAAAGCAAGAUCUAUUCCUAAAUUUAAAACAAAGCCACCCUCAGGACCUGGUGUUGCUAAGGCAAAAAGCAAGACCAAGUUCGGUGCUGGUGAGAAGACACCAAGAGAUGGUCCGUCGAAGACUGCCAUUCGGCUGCCACACAUCUUGGCAACAGCAGAUGCCGAGAACUUACUAGAGACAAAACUUCCCACUUCAGAACUAAAAAUGUGUGCCAAGGAUAUAAUAAGUAAUAUUCUCAAAGCAAUAAUGAAAGAAUUUGAAAGGGUGACAGAAACUAGAGCAAAGCUACAUACACAAGUUUUACUAUCUGAUCAAAUCAUGGAAGCCAGUAAAAUAGUUAAUACGGUUUUGCAAGAACUGUAUGCUGCAAACAAGCACAAUUUGUCUUCUCCAGUCAAAUCCUCACAUCUGUAUGAUCUCAAACUUACAAAGCGGUGUUUAAGUGCUCAAGAACAAGCAUGUUUUUACUUAGAGGAUGUUUCCUCACAGUUAGAACAGAUUUUUCCUAAAGAGGGUAUAUUUAAAAAAAUGUUUGACAAAUGGCAGACAGAUUCAAAUGACACGAACAAUGAAAAAUUUACCCUGUUGACAAUAGCUGGUAAUGUUUUGACUGAAAUUUCGAUAAAAGCCAAAGAUUUAGAAUAUUCUCUUUCACUUUUAUACUUGCCACCUCUUGAGCACUGUGAAAGCAGUUUCUCCAAUCAAUUUAAAGAAGAUUCUUCCAGAGCAGAGGAUAUCAAAGCACAGAUUAAUAUGUUUGAAAGAGAAAUUGUUGAAAUGCUGUUUGAAAAAUUGCAGCUGUGCUUUUUGUCCCAGGUGCCCAGUCCAGACAUCAAAGAAACUCCAACAAUUGGGAAAGAGCACAGUACUUGUAAAAGUAAGCAAGGUUUCCCAACCAAGCCCAUCAUCAGUGGUUUAACAGUGUGUAACACUAAGACAAAAGCUCAAAUUUCCACCACCUCUUUCAAGCAAGUCACUCAAGAAAUUGUAGGAAGGGUUUUGAAUCUGUUAGAGUCAUUUGUGGACUUACAGUUUAAACAUAUCUCUAAAUGUGAAUUUUCUGAAAUAGUGAAAAUGCCUAUUGACAACCCUUUUCAAGUCCAACAGAGAUUAUUAAGCAAAAGGAUAUCACCAAAAUUACAACCAAUGAAAAACUUUUCUGAUGAGUCCAAGUCCCACACUGUUAUUUCCAAAGAAAACAUACAGAAUACCCUUCUACAAGUUCAUUCAUUUCAUUCAGAAUUACUUACAUAUGCUGUUCAUAUUGUCUGUGACAUGCUUGCUGUAAUCAAGAGCAAAUUGGACAAAGAAAUAAACCAAAUGGAACCAUCUUCCACUAAUAUAUUGAAAGAAAACAUUGUAGCAAGUGAGAUCAUUGACACACUAAUGGAUCAAUGUACUCAUUUCAGUGAGUCUUUCAUUGAAAACCUUUCGGUGGAAAGUUCAUUCCACCGAACGGAAAACACUUAUCUUGUUAAGCAGGAUGAAUCUGCAAAUAGUUUGAAAAUGCCCGCACCAAAGUCAGAAGAUGCUAAUUUGAGGCACAAUCUUCCACAAGGAAAUAUAUCGGGCUUGGUAUUUUAUUCAUUGGAAGAUAUGAGAAAAAAAUAUGAGCUUUCAUCCAACUUACCCUCAUAUGUCACAUCUUCUAUAGAAGACACAAUUAAAAGUUCAGAGUCAAUGGGAAGGUGUGAUUUUGAAACUAUGUCAGUAUGUUCUAAAAAUAAAGUUCAAGAACAUAGCCAAGUGAAACUUAACUUUGACCAUUUUGAUGAAGUCCUGAUAGUAAAUAGCUCUCUCCCUAAAGGUAGUAUCUUGCAAAAACUGUAUAAGAAACCAAAUGACUCCACAGAAACAUCUUUAAAGCAAGUCAUGUCUUUCAUAGAUAUGGGGAAAAGUGAAAAUCCAAGAGUAUUUCAUUAUGGGACCCUAAAACCCAUUUUUGAGCCAAACCAAAUUCAGACAACGGUUUCUCCACACAGAAUAUGUUUAGCUGCAGAAAAUAUUGUCAAUACUGUGCUGUCCAGCUAUGGUUUUCCAAAUCAACCACACACUAAUAAAAGCAUGGAAACAAUGAAACCAUUUUUUAUGUCAAAGCAAAACUCUUUAUCUGAAAUAUCUACAGGACAAACAAAUAAGAAUAGUUUGCUUAGAAUAUGGACUAAAAGAAUGUAUGAGCCUGAAGAAAGUGAAAUUGCUGAAGUUUGUGGGGGAGAUUUUUCUUUAUUGCAAAAAUGGCAACACAAGACUCCAAAGAUAAAGAAAAUACAGAAUCCCAAAGAAGUUGAAGUCAUUGCAUUUGCUGAUCAUGAACUGGGUCCAAAUGAAAUUCAUUUGGUAGCAAUGCAUGUUACUACAUCUGUGAUCACAUGUUUGAAGAACUUCAAAACUAGAGAGAAGGCAUCUCUUGUUUCUACACUGUCAAGUAAAAACUGUGAAGCAAGACAUCCUCUAAGAAGCAUGUACAGUAAUUCUUCAAUUAAUCAAUUCUGUAACCAUCUCACUGAGUCAGUCAUUUGCCAUUUAAUUUCAAGCUUAUCUGAGGGUACCAAAGAGGGUAGAGAAGAAGACAAAGUAUGGGAAAUCCAAAGUAUGUCAUUCCACAAGAUUGCUUUGAUUCAUUCUCAAGUACUUGAGAACAGAUCACUAUCUAUUAGCGAACUCGCUCUAAGUAUUUCUGAAAUCAUUAUUGAAAUUCUUUAUAAUAGUAACGUUAUAGAGGCUGACACUGGACAGCAAAUGGUUUCCAUAAAAACAAAAUACGUUUAUUGUCCAGGAAUAGCUUCUGUAGACUUUGAUGAUUUUUUUCAGGAUCUCUUAACAGGAGUAAUUCAAGUACUGUCUGAAGAAAUAGGAAUAAAUCAUCACUUUAAAAACAAUGGAAGAAACAAAUUAUGCUCCAUGCUUGGAAGCAAAACUGGGUUUAUUUGCAAUAAAACCAAUACCAUGGACCAACCUACAGGCUCCAGAGUUUGGGAAUCAUCAACUCACCAAACUGAUCAAGUUGUUCAGAAAGAGAAGUUAAACUAUCUUACUUCUCAGUUAGACAGCCUAACUGGUAUCCUAAAAACUCAUGAAUCCAAAGAAGUAGUCAAUAAAGUAUUUAAUAUUAUUAUAGAUUUAUUUUUGCCAGAUGAAUUCCCAGGUGGAGCUGUGGACUCUAGUAAAAUAGCAAGAAGUUGUAUCUCUUCCUCAAGUAAUCAACAGAGUAAUAGCAUCCUUAGACAUAACCAAGGGCUCUCCCCCAAAUCAGUCUUUCUUCUCAAUGUUGUAUGUGAGAAACUCAUUAGGACACUUCUGGAAAAAUUCACAGGCACUGUCUGUAUUGACGAUGGUCUUUCUAAUAAAAUAUCAGCAGAAGUUCAUCAACUUUUAAAAAUACUUCAAAGGGUAGAAGAUGGAGAUCUUGAUGAUUAUAAGAGAUCAGUGGACUGCAAAAAUCUUCAAGGAGAUUGCAUGACAGAUCUUUUGGAAGAUGCAAUAGAAAUGGAUCAUGAUUUAUUGUCAUCAGAUUGUGUACUUACUAUUAUUUCUCACAGCUUAGUUAAAUCAUUGAUGGAUAAAUUAUCUCAGAGUUUACAAGAAACUCCUGAAAAUCCAUUGCUUGAAAGCAAGUAUGAGAGCCAUAGAACAAAAGAAAUACAAUCUGGUUUCACAAAGGCGAAAAGGCCCAAACUCAUGGAGUUAGGACAAGGCAAGAGUUCUUUAGGAUUCAUGAGUUAUGGCAGAACUUCUCUGACAGAAUCCCUGAAUAAUCCCCGUGUGGCCAAACAGUGUACAGUAAAAUCCUCUUCUUUGUCACCUCUUAAUGGACAGAAAACAAAGGAAUUAGAUACAAUAGCCAUUCGUAACAUAUAUCAAAGAGAUAUGAACACAGGUGUUUAUUCAGCCACGUUUUUGGAGGAAAUAAUAUCAGAGUUGUUUUUUCAUUUCUCUACUUCCUUGUGGGAAAAAAAUGCAAACAUCACCGAGGCCCAGCUCGGUGAGAUGAAUACGUUGUUUAUCAACCACGUAGUAAAUGAGUUUAAUAACGCUCAAAUCACUGUUCUGAGGAAUACUGAAGAAAGGCUAUAUUUUCCAUCAAUCCAUAAAGAAAUGGUCAGGAAGAUUGUUGACUCAGUUUAUUAUAAUAUUUUACAGCAAUAUGAAUUGAAAGUGACCUGUGGUAAUAAUCUGGAAUAUGAAGAUGCUUCAAUAGCUGAGCAAGUAACAAAUGGUAUAUUGUUAGCAAUUUCAGACUACCAACUCCCAUCUUCCCUCAAGGGGAACCUCAGAACUCAUUCAUGUUACCCUCUUGAAGCUGAAGCUAUACUGCAGAAGCUUCAAAGCAAUUUAAGAAAUUUUACGUUCCAAACCAGAUCUUCAAAAAGCUAUAGCACCAUGUUACCACAUUCCUUUUUAGAAGAUGUCAUUAGAAGACUUUUACUUCGGCUCCUUCCUCCAUCUGUUAAGCCUUCCCCUUUGGAAAAAACGUAUGUAAUGAGUUCAGAUUUUAAUGAAAUGUCCGCCUGUAUAACAAAUAAGGUCAUGUCAGCCAUUUCAAAACACAAAAUAUGGUUUACUGGCUAUGAAAAUCAAGACCUCCCUUCAGAAAAGAACCUCCAAAAGAUGGUGGACUCUGUUUAUGGCAAUAUUUUACAAAUGUCUGACUCUGUUUCAGUGCAGGAAAGUAUAGUCAAGCGAAGCCCAAUUAUGCUUGAUUGCAUAGCCAGUUUUAUUAUUCAAGAGAUUAUUGAAUGUCAUCUUCAUCCAUUCUUGUGCGGAGAGGUUUUACCUCAGCCAGGGACUCCACUGGAUCCAGUGUCUAAUAUGGAUAAACAGGUUCUUGAUGAAGUCCUAGAAUCACACAGGCCCCAGAAGCCAUCGCUUGGAGGUAUUUGCCCUGAUCUACUUAUAAAGGAAAUGGUUACCAAACUUUUAUCGAAGAUUUUUAGCCCUAGGCCCAACACUGAAUUUGAGCUGGAAAGCAUGACACAAAAAAUAGUAAAUGCUGUGAACAAGCACUUUGACACAGGUGAAAUUCACAUUUUACGUGAUGAUAAGAAGUCCAUAGAUACAGAUAUUGUAGAUGAUCUCGUCACCUCAGUUUACAGAAAUGUGUUGAACCAGUAUGGACUAAACCCUAACAUUGAUAAAGAGAGUGAAAAUAGUGAUACUUUUGUGAGAAAUAUUGCUAAUUUAAUUGUAGUAGCUAUUUCAAACUACCUUCUUCAUCCGUUGUUUUCUGGUGAUCUGUCAACUUCAUCUUUUUCCAUCUUUACGGCUGAUAACAUUGUUCGAGAUAUCCUUAGUAAUGUAAGUCAAUCUACCAGGUCAGACCAGAGUUUACUUCCAUAUAACACCUUACUGCCUUAUGCAUUCUUAGAAGAUAUGAUCAGAGUACUACUAUCAAGAUUCCUUCCUGCAUCUAGUGUGGAUCCAUAUGGAGAAGCUCCAAAGGAUAAAUCAAAAGUGAAUUUUAAUGAAAUUGCUUCCAACCUAAUCAGUGAUAUUAGGAUGAAGAUUUCCCAACAUGAAAUUCGAUUUUCAAAAGAUGAACAGGAAACCAUGUUCGUUUAUUCAGAAGAUGAUGUUCAAAAUCUUGUUGAUUCAGUAUUCAAAAAUAUUUUACAAAACUCUGCAUCUCAAGAAUCAGUGAAGCAAACUAUUACAAGCAACAAUGAUGUUCUUAUUGAUAGAAUAGCAGGUUUCAUCAUUAAAUAUGUCUGUGCACAACAUCUUCAGCCAUUUUUAGAUGUAAAUUCUUCUUCCUCAUCCUACACACAUUUUGAGAAGAGACAGCAGUCAUUUUAUGCAAGUGUUUACUCCUCAACUUUUUUGGAGGAUGUGGUAUCUGGAGUGCUAAGCAAAAUAUUCCACAGGGUGGUUGGUAUUGUACAAAUGAAAGAUUCAGAAGAUGAACUGUUUGAUAAAGCUGAAAAACUCAUACAUUUGAUAACAGAGGAAUUCUCAAAAGAUCAGGUUAGUGUUAUAGAAAAUGCCGAGGAACAGUUGUGUUUGCCUCCAGUGGAGAGAGAAGUAGUAAAAAAUAUCAUUAAUGCAGUAUAUAGUAGAGUUCUAGAAGAAUAUGAAAUGGAAAUCAUGCCUUAUAAAAAUUUUCUGAAUGACAUAAGGACAUUGGCUGCUCGGAUAACUAAAAUCAUCUUGACUGAAAUUUUUGACUUCCAAAUUCAUCCAGAUCUUAUAGCAAACCUGCCUCUUAAGUCCCAUUCCAAACUCAGUGAAAGUGUUUUGAUACAUAGAGUCCAAUAUUAUAUUAGUAAGUCAAGAUUCCGAAGACAGGCUUCAACGAUAUAUACUACUAUGCUAUCACAAAGUCAUUUGGAAAAAAUAGUCACUCAGCUUGUAUCUCAGAUAAAUCCAUUGACACCCACUGUAAAAUAUCCAGACACUUCUCGAUCAGGCCUAAAUAAUACAGUCAUAAAACUGAUAAAUGAGAUCAUGUCAAUAAUUUCAAAAAAUGCAAUAUGUAUCACUAAACAUGGAAAUGAAAAACAAAAUAUGAUUUCAGAAAAAGAUAUACAGUCUAUGAUUGAUUCCAUUUAUGCUGAUCUUUCUCAUUCAAAUGUAUACAAGUCUCUCACAGAAGAUAAAAAAGGCACAAGUAAUAUACCUGUUGCAAAAAUAGCAAGUCUUAUAAUAAAAGAAAUCUUUAACCAUCAUCUACAGUCAUUUUUAUCUGGAGAUAAACCUCCUCUUUCAGCUUCUGUUGAUCACAUUUACAAACAGAAAGCCACAGAUCCUAAACAAAAAAGAUGGUCUUUUAUUGUGAACUCAGCCGUCUUUUUGGAAGAAGUCAUUUCUGAGCUUUUAUGCAAAAUUCUUUAUGCAUUCACACAUAACGUCCUGGCUGUUGAGAACCCAGACAUUGCAAAAGCCCAAAUGGCUGGCAUUGUUACAACAUUAGUAAAAUCGAUUGUUCUAGAAUUUACCACAUCAGAGAUUUUAGUUUCAGAUGGCUUAGAUAAAAAAUUAUGCUUUUCAGAGGAAUAUAAAGAAAUGGUUCAAGUAACUGUCAACUUGAUUUAUGAAAAAUUAUUAGAUGAAUACAAAUCUUUAAUUAAUGUGUUUAGGGCUAUCCAAAGUGACGCUACCUGUUUAGGAAGGAAAAUAUAUCACUUGCUAUUGGAAGAAGUUUACUAUUAUCAGAUGCAGUCAUUAGUUUCAGGAGACUUAGUGGCCUCUUCCUAUUCCUCCCUUCGAGCUGACAUCAUCAUCAAAAAUGUCCUCAGUGGCAUCUUGAGUGACAGCAGCACCUUACCAUCCUGGGUCACUGUGUUACCUCAUUCUCUUUUAGAAGAUAUGAUUUACAAGCUCCUGGUGCAUAUUUUUCCUCCAGCUGACACUGAAAAUAAACCAACAGAGGAAGAACUGACUGCAGAUGACGAUUUUGCAGCUGCUGCUUCAGAAAUGACUGAUGAAAUUAUAAAAGAAAUUUUUGAACAUGAGAUCCGACUCGCCACGGCGGAGGAGAAUGCAGAAAGCAUGCAGUUAGAAGUCCUUGAGAAUUUGGUUGACUCCAUAUGUGACAAUAUUUUGAAAAAACCUGAAUUCCAAGCUGAAGUACAGAAAGGUGCAGGCAAAAACGGAGGGUCAUUUCUCAGUAAAGUUGCUGGCUUCAUUAUGAAGGAAAUUAUGGAUCAUCAUUUACGGCCAUUUUUACAUGGUGAAGAAACAUCUUGCAGUUACUUAUCUGAUUAUAACUGUGCCUCUGUAGUUACUAAACCUAGUAAAGGAACAACACAGGCUUCUCUGUUUUCAGCUGCAUUUUUGGAAGACGUAGUUGUUGACCUUGUUCGAAAAUUUUUUUCUUUCCCAGCUAUUAAUGAUUCUAAGAAAAAAGCACCACCAGAGCCAGAUGUCGUGAGCUUAGCUAUCAAAUUUGCAAAUGCUCUCCUAGGAGAAUUUAGAAAAAAUGAAAUUAAAGUUUUACCACAGGCUGAAGAAAAAUUUUGUUUUCUACCAAUUAAUAAAGAAAUUGUUGCUGAUAUAUCCAGUUUUGUAUAUGAUCAGUUCAUAGGGAAAUUUGGGUCUAAUGAUAUUCAGAAGGAUGAUACAAGUAAUAUUGUUGUAGAAAUGAUUGCUACUUUAGCCCAGAAGGCGAUCUCUGCCUUCAAGAUUCAACCACUAUUCUCAGGAGACUGGUCUUCCACCUUCCUUUCAUUUCUGAAUCCAGAUACCAUCACCCAAAGGGUUCAACACUUACCAGAGAACACCUCCAUGCAGAUAACUAGAUACUCGGAAGAGAACCGACUUGCUUUAGCAGAACAGUCACAUAAACAGACUUCUCUAAUCUCAGAUCACAAAAAGAUGAUAGUCAGUUUGGAACAAGAUAGAGGUUCGAUGAGUAGCAAGAGUCUCCAAACUAAAGACCUAUCAGUGAAAAAAGGAGACAUCCAAAAUCCAGCUCUUACCUCUAAUGUUACCAUUAUGGAAAACAAUGUUAUGAACCUAAAGGCAGGUAUGGCACAUAAAAAGAAAGAGAAUAAAAAUAAACUGGGAAUUUUGACUCCAACAAAUAAUAAGAAUGCAUCAAAAUUUACUUCUCCAGCUACCAGGGAAAGUAGGAAAGAGCUUCAGGACCAAGAUUUGAAAGAAACACUUGAACAUAACACAGUUGCAAAGAAAAGAAAACCAGCUCCCCAAAAUGAGGAGUUGCAGCGUGGUGAAAUAUGCAAACGUUUUUCAGUUGUUCCUUAUCCAGCAUAUGAGGAUGCAUUACCUAAGUCAAUUUUUCAAAUAGACAAUGAAAAAAAUAGGAACAAUACCAAGGAAAGUUUAAUAAAAGAAAGUGGUCAGGACUUUCAGUUCUCUUCUUGGAAGCCCAAGGUGAAAAAUAUUGAGGCUACAACAGAGAAAACUUCGAAAAUAACCAAAAAGUCAAGAACUGAAGAAAUGGCAGACUCUCCCACUGAAAUAGAUAUGGAUGAGCAAAACUACUCAGACAAUGAAACUGUUCAAAAUAUCAUUGAAAACAUUUAUGGGAAUGUUUUAUUAAGGUCUUCUCUUCAAGAACCAUCAGAUUUUUCAAAACACAGAUUCAGUAAAAGCUCCCCAGAUAAUAAAGCACUAAAUGUAAUUCAGGAGACUGGCAAGGAGUCUACCCAGCUCAUUACAACCAAGAAUUUAUCUCCCUCAAUUAACAAAAAGGACUGUGCUAAAGAAGAAGGAAAUAAAGUGAAAGAGAAACAAAAAGAGAAAGAGAAAGUAAGAGAGAAGGAGGUUGACAAUAAAGCUGCUGAAACAGAUCAUCCAGAAAAUAAACCUGGAAUUUUUCCUGCUAAAUUUUUAGAAGAUGUUAUCAGUGAAAUAGUUAACAAACUGCUAUUUUCUUCCUCACCAGAAAUGGAAACUUUUGAAAAAUGUGUAAGUGUAAAUGAUGAUCAGAAUAAAACUGAACUCUAUGACACCGCCUUGACACUUAUUAAUUCACUGAUAAAGGAGUUUUCAGAUGCUCAUAUUAAUAUACUUGGGCCUGAGGAGGGAACUCAGUUUUUCCCACAUGCAAGUAAAGUGUCUUCAGCUCCUAUAGUACCUUCCAGGAGUAAAUCAACUGCAGAUGAAUCAUCAUCCACCAUUAAACUGAAAAACGUGGAUAAGAUGCCAGACGUGCAGAAAGUGACGGAAAAACUCUCUUCACUUGAGACUCCUGUCCUAGAUGAAAUGCCAUCAAUUGAUAAAAUCCUGGUCAGGAAAGCCACUCACUCUUCUAUUUGCAAUAUUUUGAAAGAAUAUAAAUCUCUUGAAUCUCUUUGUGAGGACAUUAAGAGUAAUGGGGGAAAUUUAGCAAAAAGGUUAACUAGUGCAGUGAUGAGUGAACUUUUUCCACCUCAGCUUAACUUGAUGUUUUGUGAUGAGGCUCCAGUUUCAGCCUGUUUGCCUCUGGAAUCUAAAGGUCUUGUUAAAAAGAUCGAAAAGGUGGCCCAAACAGCCAACAAAGAAUGUCAAACAAUAUCCCCCUAUACUGUAAUGUUGCCUCACCAAUUUUUAGAGGAUGUGACUUCUACUCUUUUAACAAAAAUUUUCUCAAAAAUAUCCAACACCAUCACCAAAGCAGAAACAUAUGAAAACAGAUUUUCCAAGGAACUCGAUUUCCUUCAGACGGAAUUAGUAAGUAAGAUUGCAGCAGAGAUUUCCAAAGAUGAAGACAUGAUUAUACAAUAUGUAGAAUCCUUGCAUCCUAAUGAUGAUGAAAUUAUUGAAUUGGUGGUUCAGUCCAUUUAUAAUAAUCUUUUGCCACAAUUUGGAUCACAAGAAAUCAUGCAAAAUUGUAUAUCGAAUGGAUGCAGACUUCUUUCGGAAACCAUAGUUGACUUAGUUCUAAGAGAAGUGGCUGGCAAUCAGUUGCAGAAUUACUUUUGUGGAGAGUUAACUCCACAUCAGUGUGCGGAAGUUGACAGCGUUGUUGAAAGCAUCCUUUUCAAUGUUAUCCAGACUAUGCCACCUCAACCAUCACAUGCCCAUAAAGUGUCUUAUAAUGUAAUAGAAGAAAUUGCUAUAAAAUUUUUGUCGAAGCUCUUAUCUGUGUUUCCAAAAAUACAUAAGGAAAGAACCAAAUCUACACAAACUGAAAUGCAAAAAAUAACCUCCAAAAUACUAAAUUCAUUCCAAGAAUUUAUCUCCAAAAGUAAGAUUAAGCUUACAAGACCUGCCAAGGAGUCACCUACUGUAUCUUCAGCUGACAGUGCAACUAUUGACAAAGUAGUUAAUUCUGUUUAUGCCAGUCUUUUAACACACUCUGGUUCCCAUACUUCGGUGUUUAAAGAUUUGAUAGGUCAGAGCAAUGUCCUUUCCGACAUAAUAGGUUUUUUAAUGGUGAAGGAAAUUUCAAAUUCUGAAUUUCAACCUCAAAUGGAAGAAGAAAUAUCAAGUUCAGAAUUAGUUCUUGAAGCUGUCCAAAUUAUGGAAAAGGUGGUCAAAAUUGUUGAUAAAUUUAAGUCCCAGGAACACUCUUCAUCCAAAAAGUGUUCUGUAUUAGAUGCCAAUGUUUUAGAGGAAGCACUGGCCUUGUUCUUGGCUAAACUAGUAAGGUCACCUUGUAUUUCAAGCAAAGAUACACAUAGCUUAUCAAAACCCGAUUUAAAUAAAAUUGCAUCUCAACUGACAAAAUCUGUAACAGCUGAAAUUUCUAGAAGUAAUAUUAGUCUAGUAGCUACUGAACCUGAAGAAUACUCUUCAAAUCUAGAAGAAAUGGAUAUGAUCUCUCAGGUUGUUGAUUCCGUCUAUGGUAAUGUGUUACAACAACCCAGAAGCCAUGAAGAACUUUAUAACGUAAAAGAUACAAAUGCAGUCUUCCCUAAGGUGGCCAAUUUAAUUGUUGAUGGCAUUUCAAAAGUUCCAUUAGAUAGGGUUACCUCAACAAGCUCAUACACUGGCGUCUUUGGAGAUCUGGACAUUGAUAGAAUCAUUGAAAAGACAGCAAAGCAUGCUGAGAAAAUGAUAGAUGGCAAAAAUGAGUUGGCUGAAGAUAAAUCUGGAGAAGAAUGCACAGUUGCAAUAAUUCCACAUGUCGGAAGAAAAGCAAUCAAAGUAGACCCACAUAUUAUUUCCCAGCACUUAGCAGUCAUCUCUGUAAAGACUCAGCCACUAGAGAAAAUGAAGACAGAAUGCUUAAAAAGAACUGGACGUAGCAUAGAGGACCUGAGACGAGCAUCAGUAGAUGGGAAGAGUUACACCGCUAUAAGCUCCCCUGAUUUAGAGAACAGAAAAAAAGAACGACGUACCUCUUUGAAGACUACAGGUCGACUGGAUGUAAAGCCCUUCGAGGCUGUUUGCAGAAAUUCAUUUCAAAAUAUAAGAAAGCCUGAUAUCUCUAAGGUAGAGCUUUUAAAAGAUGUUCGAAGCAGAAAAGACCUAAUCAUUCGGUUAGUGGCUCAUGAUAUUGAUCAGGAAGAUACAGACUAUUUUACAGAAGAUGAUAUAACUCCUGAUGAAAAUGAAAUUGUUUUAGAAGAGUAUUUUGGACAAAAAUGCAUAGGAGAACUAUCUGAAGAUGAAGUGAAAGAAGUUGUGAAGCUCAUACAAAGCAAAAUUGUUUCUUCCAAGGCGACGACUGUCUCAGGCAGUGUGAAAAAGUCUCUAACCAAAUCUUCCCAGCCCACAUCUACCUCAUGUACUGAAUGUACAGAAACAGCCUCCAGUCAACUCACAGGCUCUAACAAGACACAGGGUGACAGAGCCGCUGCUGGGCCUGGCAAAACCGUGACUAAAACACGCUCUCCCACAAAGGAAAAAUUAUUCCACAAGAAUGGAGGAAGAAGUCUUGUUACUGAACCAACACAUCACUUCAUACACAGAAUUAUGAGUACAUCUUCAUACAACCAAGAAGAUCUCAUGUCAUCUUCCAGUGAAGGAGAAGAUUCUGAUGCUAUUCCAAGCACUGUGAUAUUGAAAGAAAGUUGUCCGGAGCAAAAACCAGCUAAUUCAACAGGUCUUCAGUUUAUCUCUGUCUUUGAAGGAUCCAAGGAUGCUGAUAGCAAGGCCGCUCCCACACAGGAAAUCAUUUCAGAUGCUCCCAAGCCUAGUAUUUCCAAACAAGGAUCUAAAAUGCUGGCAAGAGUAUCUUCAACUCUAUCAAAGGUGUUUUCCCGCUCUCACUCCAGUAGUCCCAGAUCUUCCUCACCUCCUCACCGGAAUGACCACUGAAGCUCCUUUAUCUGACAUA